AUGGAACGUCUCACCCUUCUUCUUGUUUUGGUCUCUUUUGUUUUAAAUGUCAAUGGAAGAGCAUUUGAUGGUAGCUUUAUUUCAAGUAGUAGUGAUUCCGAUGAAAAAAUUAUAACCUAUAAAGUUAUUGCAAAUAAACCAUUAAGAAUUGUAUCAUCUGAUGAAGAUUCUCAACAUGAAUAUAAACUUGGUCAAGUCAGUGGUCUUGCUGCAUCUGUUAAAAAUCCAAAUCGAUUAUUUAUUUUUCAUCGAGCAUCAAGAGAAUGGAAUCAAGAGUAUGUUUAA